AUGUCUGAUUCGGCCAACGGUUUCGCGUCUCCGAGGGAGUUUCUCCCAGAACCGGAAAAUCCGGUAGUACAGUGGGAAGACUGGGUGGAGAACUUCCGGACGUAUCUGGAGGCUCGAGGAGGGACGGCGUCGUGGCCGGUGACUCGGCGGAUCGCAAUACUGAAGCAUUGUCUCGGAGCAGAAGGGCAAGCCCAGUACAGAGCGAUCGAACAUCUGGAGGCCACGGGAGAGGACGACUUCGAGAAGGCGAUCGACAGACUCAACCGAAGAUUCUCUUCGCAAAAGGGACUGGCGGCGGCCAGGACGGACUUCUUCAGUCGGGAGCAGCAUCAAGGGGAAUCGGUCCGAGACUACGCAGCAGCGCUCCGGAGACUCGCAAACAAAUGCAAGUUCCCCAUGACAGCGGACGACGCAAUCAUCUCCCAGAUCACCGCGAAGACGAACAACGCGAGCGUCCGGAAAGAAUUGCUAGCCUGCAAGGACAACGAGCACUUCGAGGAUGCAAUCACGGCCGCGGCACGGGCAGAAAUCAACGCAAGAGAAGCGGCAGAGUUCGGAAAUAUUGCAACCCGGAUGACUCCAGCCGAAGCGGUGGUCAAUAAGAUUAUGACCCGGUGGAACGGUGCGAAACCGGAAAAAGUAUCAGGAUAUCCGAGCGGACCGAACUCAAGCGGACGGCAGCAGCGGAAGCCGGUGGGGUCCCCGUGCAAGCGAUGCGGCAGCAAUUUCCACGAAACUGUUGGAUAUAACCCACUGUAG